CGAGCAGUCACUGUCACUCCACACACUGAAAAAUUUGUGAGACACUAGUCAGUAACUAGUUUUAGCAAUAGCUAAGAACUAAAGACUAAGAUUAAAAUAAAAUAAAAUAGUAUAUAGUAUACAGUAAACAUGUCAUCUAAUUACGCUAACUUGUUACCAGUGAAUGGAAAAUGGAGACAACAAAUAACUGACUUUUUAUCAGAAGAUGUUCCUUCAUUUGAUUUUGGAGCUUAUGUAGUUGGAAAUAAAGAAGAAACUGCUUCAUUAUAUAUUAAACAAUCUGGAUUAAUUUGUGGAGUACCAUUUGCUGAAGAAGUAUUUAAACAAUGUGAAUUAGAAGUUGAAUGGUAUCAUAAAGAAGGUGAAUUUAUUACUAAUGAACAAUUAUCAAACCAUGGAGGUAAAAUUGUUGUUGCAACUGUUAAAGGUCCUGCUAAUAAAAUAUUACUUUCUGAAAGAACUGCUUUAAAUUUAUUAGCUAGAGCUUCAGGAGUUGCAACUCAAUCAUAUAUUACUAAAAAAUUAGCUGAUGAUAAUGGUUAUACUGGAUUAAUUGCUGGUACUAGAAAGACUACUCCAGGUUUAAGAGUAUUAGAAAAAUAUUCUAUGUUAGUUGGAGGAGUUGAUACUCAUAGAUAUGAUCUUAGUGCAAUGGUAAUGUUAAAGGAUAAUCAUAUUACAUCUACUGGAAGUAUUACAAAAGCUGUUGAAUCAGCUAAAUCUGUUUGUGGAUUUGCUAUAAAAGUUGAAGUUGAAGUUAGUACUGAACAAGAUGCAAAAGAAGCUAUUGAUGCAGGAGCUGAUGUAAUUAUGUUAGAUAAUUUAAAAGGUGAUGAAUUAAUUAAAGUUGCUAGAAGUUUAAAAGAUUAUUAUAAGGGAUCUGAUAAAUCAUUUUUAUUAGAAUGUUCAGGAGGUUUAACUUUACAAAAUUUAGGUAAUUAUUUAUCUAAUGAUAUUGAUAUUUACUCUACAUCUUCAAUUCAUCAAGGAACUGGAGUUAUUGACUUUUCCUUAAAGAUUAAUGCUUAAAUAGAUUAGUAUAUUACAAAAAAUAUAUAU